CUCGGCAUCCCCCAUCCCCCAUCGCUCUAUGUGCUUCCAUACAGCCCUGAAAAAUCAACCGGAGGAAACCUUCACAGAGGAGAAAAGAGUAACCCUUACCAACCCAGGAAGAUCGCUCUAAACCGUUAUCAUAGAUUGGAUCUGGGCGAACUAUCUAAACCAUCUCACACUGAUUUGCAUAUCCAUUCCUCCUACCUCCUUCAUUUGCCUUUCCCUCACUGAGAAUGGCAAGCGGGCAUCCCACUGACAAAUUCAGUUUUCUGUACCCAACAGACACCAGUCAGAACAUUAAGAGUAAGAACAGGCUGUCUUCCACCAUGAACCCGGUGUACAGUCCAGUGCAGCCGGGAAACCCGUAUGGAAAUCCCAAGAAUAUGGCAUACACAGGUUAUCCAGCUGGUUAUCCAACAACUGCCCCGACUUACACAGCCAAUCUCUAUCAGACAGGGAGUCCAGGAUACCCACCAGUGCUGCUGGUGAAGCAGGCCUGGCCCCAGACGGCAUCAGCUCCGGCAGAAGGCUCCUAUGACCUGGCCGUGGACGCAGGCUCAGAGAGCAGGCAGUACCAGGCCUCAUCGACAGCAUUCAGAUAUACUGCAGGAACACCUUAUAAAGUGCCCCCCACUCAGACCAAUGGAGCCCCUCCUCCCUACUCCCCAUCCCCUAAUCCGUAUCAGACGGCUAUGUACCCCAUUAGAAGUGCCUACCCACAGCAGAACCUCUAUGCUCAGGGUGCUUACUACACACAGCCGGUGUAUGCCGCCCAGCCUCAUGUAAUCCACCACACCACCGUGGUUCAGCCCAACAGCAUCCCUUCUGCCAUCUACCCAGCUCCUGUACCCACGCCACGCUCCAAUGGCAUGGCCAUGGGCAUGGUGGCCGGAACAACGAUGGCCAUGUCUGCCGGGACUUUGCUGACUACCCCUCAGCACACUCCAAUUGGAGCACACCCCGUCACCGUGCCAACGUACCGACCCCAAGGAACACCUGGGUACAGCUAUGUGCCACCUCACUGGUAGAGAGCUCACCUGCCAAUCAUAUCUGGAGUCAAACAUUGUAUGCAACUACUCAAGUCUUACAUCGGCGCUCUGUACGCAACAGAAACGUGCCACGUCUGUUUGCAAGAACAAAAGAGAAAAAGUGCAAGGGUCACUUUAUGCAUUCUUACGUGUUUUUGUAAAAGCUGCUUUUUUAUCUUUUAUUUAAUUUUUCUUUAUUCUCAUUUUUUGGGAUGAUGUUCUGCAUUAGUUUAUUUUAAUUCUCAUUGUUCCAUUGUUACUUCUGUAUGAACUCCAGAAUGAUUUCGACCAAUCACGCCUAUUCAAACAAUUUGUCUUUUGUGUUCAGUAUAAACGCUGGUGUAUAGGAAUUUACCAAUGCAAUAUCAGCACCCCUCGGAUCAUAAUCAUCCAAUUAUGCUGCCAAAUUUUUAAACCUUUAGAUAUUAGCACAGGGUUUUUUUUUUAUUUUUCUUAUUUAUAGCGUAUUUUAAUUUCGGCCUUCCCAGUUCCCACACAAAAUCUUUUUUUAUGUCUUUUUUUAAGGACAUUUCAUUUCGUCAGUUUUCCCUAAUUUCAUUCAUCUUCUAUCCUCGAUAACAAGGUUGUCUUCCAGCUUGUAGCUGUUCAUGUAGAUUUGCAAGGAAUAUAUCAUUCGUAGGGCCAUGCAAACAUGGUUUAACCUUCAUUAGAAUAUCGAGUGCAUACAGUAAUCUUAGUUAUUUACUGAAUAGAUAAAGUUAGCGUGAGCCGGUUACUUUAUUAGCUUAUGUGUCAGGAUAGCGUAAGCUUCUAAACUGUAAUGUGUAUAUUCGAUUUAUAUAAAUGUGCGCGCAUGGGUGCUCUUGUAAGGAACGUGGCGGUGCACAAGCAUGCGCUCACGGUGAAAACACACAAACACAGUUUGUGGCGUAGAAUAUUGAGAAAAAAAACUAUCAGUGGCACUUAGCUGGGGCCUCUGGUGUGAUGUCAUGCCAGUGGCAUUAAACCUAAUCAAAAUAUGUGCCAACUUUGAGGCCAGACACGAUGGACGCUACUUUAACAGAACGAUUAGGAUUGCAUACAGGAUUCAAAGGGAUUUUAUCGCAACAUAGACAGCACUAAAAGCUAAAGAAAGGAAGAGACUUACAAACGAUUGUGUAGCAUUAAAGGGAUAGUUCACCCAAAAAUUGAGUUACUUAACGUCAUACCAUUCCAAUGCCAUAUGACUGUCUUUCUUCUGUGGAACACAAAAGGUGAAGUUUAACAGAAUGUAAAUAACUCCUUUUGUUUUCAGCGGAAGCAUGAAAGUCAAUGGAUUUUGACAUAUUAGGGUAAGUAAAUGAUGACAGAAUUUUCAUUUUUGGGUGAACUGUUCUUUUAAUCUGCAAUCAGCUCCUGGAUUAGAGUGGGUCUCAUCUAACCCCGGUUCUUCUGUGAAUUCUUGGGCCUAUAGGCCUGUAGUUGCACAGAUUUUAGGAGUAGAAAUGGAGUUGUUCAAUGCAAUAAUCCGAACGGCCUGCUUGAAUGGCUUUUAAUUGUAAUUUACAGCAUUUUUAGAGAGAGAAAAGAACAAAUUUUGAUUUCCUAUCCCAAGGGCCUCACCUGUAUCCAUGACUGGCGUACUCAGAAGUGACAUAUCAUGUAUUCUAUGAAAUGUUAUCAUACUGAAGCAUUGCACAAUGACAAAUAGACAUAACUUAAUAACCAAUUAUACGGUACACUCUCAUAUUUAAAGAUGUAAUUAAGAAAAUCAAGCAUUUACUCUAUGAACCAUUAGUCUUGGUAAUGUCUCUGGAAGUAAUAUUAUUGUCCAUACAAAACAGUAUCACUCUUUUUGUUAUGUUUGUUGGCUAGUCAACCACUAUUUCAAUAUAGUUAGCUCAAAGUGGGGAGAACUGAUUCUCUGAUCUUAUGUGAAAGUUAUAACGUCUUGUAAUGCAUGUGUCAUGUGGGUGAAUGCAGUAGUGUAAUCAGAUGGAAACAAUGCCCAUAUGCGUGGUUGCAUCAUGUUGAAUUGCAGCUUAUGGGUUGCUUUAAAAUGCAUUACAUUGAAACACAUUCCCUUCGAUGUUCAGUUUAAGUAAAGGGAAAGAGUAAUGGCAUAAGACAGAAAUUGCACAAAAGCAACAUUAAAAAAUAUACUUAGCAUAAAGAAAAUGAACCAUUUUUUGCAAUUUGACAUUAUUUUCAUGACAAAUUAGCACAUUUUUCAUAAAAGUCUCAUUACCGUAAUGCAUCCAGGCAUUUUAUAUUUGCAUUUUUUGUAAUUCCUGUUAUUUUCAGUGAUUCUCAUUAAAUCUUCUGUACUGUAAUACAUUAUUUUGCUGUAUUACAUAAAAACAUCAGCAUAAAUUAAAGGCAGUUCAGUAAAUA